UCAUCAACUGUCAGUCAGUCAUAUAACGUCGGUGUUUCUGCAGGUGCUAGACGCGGUGGUGCAUUGGUGUAAUAAGAGUCUAAAAUAAAUAUUUAAAGAUGGCUUCAGCUACAGCUACCUAUGGACAGAAGGAGUCCUCAGACCAGAACUUUGACUACAUGUUCAAGAUCCUCAUCAUUGGAAACAGCAGCGUGGGCAAGACCAGCUUUCUGUUCCGCUACGCUGACGACUCCUUCACGCCGGCCUUCGUCAGCACGGUGGGUAUCGACUUCAAGGUGAAGACGAUCUACAGGAAUGACAAGAGGAUCAAGCUACAGAUCUGGGAUACGGCAGGGCAGGAGAGGUACAGGACUAUCACCACCGCUUACUACCGCGGAGCCAUGGGCUUCAUCCUCAUGUAUGACAUCACCAAUGAGGAGUCUUUUAACGCUGUGCAGGACUGGUCAACCCAGAUCAAGACUUACUCUUGGGACAACGCGCAGGUCCUGCUGGUGGGAAACAAGUGUGACAUGGAGGACGAGAGGGUGGUGGCAGCAGACCGGGGUAGGCAGCUCUCUGAACACUUGGGGUUCGAGUUCUUUGAGGCCAGUGCCAAGGACAACAUCAAUGUGAAGCAGACGUUCGAGCGGUUGGUGGACAUCAUCUGCGAAAAGAUGUCUGAGAGCUUGGACGCCGCCGACCCAGCCAUCACAGGGGCCAAACAAGGGCCCCAGCUUACCGAGCAGCCCGCAGCCCCCCAACAGGACUGUGCAUGCUAAAGCUUAACGAUCCCCCACAUCAACCCAUCCUCAGGUCCCCUCACCCUCACCCUCACAAUCCCCACUCACCCAUCUCACCCCAAAUGAACCUAUCACUCCAUACGGGUGAAUGGGUGAAGUUCACUCUGUUUUUCCCAUGAUCCUCUUGUGCCCUCUGCACCCUUUACUCUGGUUGUCACUAGUUACCACAGACACAAAGUCAUAAUUAUGGCUAAACCCCACUUAUUUCUACAAUGUAAAUUCUUCAAAUCUGAUUUUUAACCUAACCUUAAUCACACUGCUAACCUUAUGCUUAACUCAAACCUUAAAUUAAGACCAAAAAGCUUCUUUUUUAAAAUCAUACAUUUUAUUAGCCAAUUUUGUCUUUGUGACUGUGGUAACUAAAUCAAAUCUAAUUUUAUUUGUCACAUGCGCCGAAAACGGGUGUAGACCUUAUAGUAAAUGCUUACUUACAAGCCCUGUAUAGCGAGGCUGUAUACAGGGGGUACCGGUACAGAGUCAAUGUGCCGGUUGACUCUGUACCGCCCCCUGUAGGUAGGGGCGGCAGGGUAGCCUAGUGGUUAGAGCGUUGGACUAGUAACCGGAAGGUUGCAAGUUCAAACCCCCGAGCUGACAAGGUACAAAUCUGUCGUUCUGCCCCUGAACAGGCAGUUAACCCGCUGUUCCUAGGCCGUCAUUGAAAAUAAGAAUUUGUUCUUAACUGACUUGCCUGGUUAAAUAAAGGUUAAAUAAAGGUAAAAUAAAUAAAAAAUUAAAGUGAAUAUGCAUGGAUAAUAACAAAGAGUAGCAGCAGCGUAUGGGGGGGCAAUGCAAAUAGUCUGGAUAGCCAUUUGAUUAGAUGUUCUGGGAUAUUAUGGCUUUGGGGUAGAAGCUGUUUAGAAGCCUCUUGGACCUAGACUUGACACUCCAGUACCGCUUGCUAUGCGGUAGCAGAGAGAACAGUCUGUAGCAGAGAGAACAUUUACAUUUACAUUUAAGUCAUUUAGCAGACGCUCUUAUCCAGAGCGACUUACAAAUUGGUGCAUUCAGGGUGGCUGGAGUCUUUGACAAUUUUUAGGGUCUGCCUCUGACACCGCCUGGUAUAGAGGUCCUGGAUGGCAGGAAGCUUGGCCUCAGUGAUGUACUGGGACGUACGCACUACCCUCUGUAGUGCCUUGCGGUCGCAGGCCGAGCAGUUGCCAUACCAGGCCGUGAUGCUCUCGAUGGUGCAGCUAUAAAACCUUUUGAGGAUCUGAGGACCCAUGCCAAAUAUUUUCAGUCUCCUGAGGGGAAUAGGUUUUGUUGUGCCCUGUUCACAACUGUCUUGGUAUGCUUGGACCAUGUUAGUUUGUUGUUGAUGUGGACACCAAAGAACUUGAAGCUCUCAACCUGCUCCACUACAGCCCCUGAGAAUGAGGGUGUGCUCAGUCCUCCUUUUCCUGUAGUCCACAAUCAUCUCCUUUGUCUUGAUCACGUUGAGGGAGAGGUUGUUGUCCUGGCACCACACGGUCAGGUCUCUGACCUCCUCCCUAUAGGCUGUCUCGUUGUUGUCAGUGAUCAGGCCUACCACUGUUGUGUCAUCUGCAAACUUAAUGAUGGUGUUGGAGUCGUGUCUGGCCGUGCAGUCAUGAGUGAACAGGGAGUACAGGAGGGGAUUGAGCACACACCCCUGAGAGGCUCCCGUGUUGAGGAUCAGCGAGGCAGAUGUGUUGUUACCUACCCUUACCACCUGGGGGUGGCCCAUCAAGAAGUCCAGGAUCCAGUUGUAGAGGGAGGUGUUUAGUCCCAGGCCCCUUAGCUUAGUGUUGAGCUUUGAGAGCACUAUGGUGUUGAACGCUGAGCUGUAGUCAAUGAAUAGCAUUCUCACAUAGGUGAUCCUUUUGUCCAGGUGGGAAAGGGCAGUAUGGAGUGCAAUAGAGAUUGCAUCAUCUGUGGAUCUGUUAGGGUGGUAUGCAAAUUGGAGUGGGUCUAGGGUUUCUGGGAUAAUGGUGUUGAUGUGAGCCAUGAACAGCCUUUCAAAGCACUUCAUGGCUACAGACGUGAGCACUACGGGUCGGUUGUCAUUUAGGCAGGUUACCUUAGUGUUCGUGGGCACAGGGACUAUUGUGGUCUGCUUGAAACAUGUUGGUAUUACAGACUCCGACAGGGAGAGGUUGAAAAUGUCGGUAAAGACACUUGCCAGUUGGUCAGCGCAUGCUCUGAGUACAUGUCUUGGUAAUCCGCCUGGCCCUGCGGCCUUAUGAAUGUUAACCUGUUUAAAGGUCUUACUCACAUUGGCUGCGGAGAGCAUGAUCACACAUUCGUCCGGAACAGCUGAUGAUCUCAUGCAUGUUUCAGUGCCACAUCUGAUGAGCAUCGGAGCCGGUGUAGUACGAUUCGAUCUUUGUCCUGUAUUGACGCUUUGCCUGUUUGAUGGUUCGUCGGAGGGCAUAGCGGGAUUUCUUAUAAGCUUCCAGCUCCUUGAAAGUGGCAGCUCUAACCUUUAGCUCAGUGCGGAUGUUCCCUGUAAUCCAUGGCUUCUGGUUGGGGUAUGUACGCACAGUCACUGUGGGGACGACGUCAUCGAUGCACUUAUUGAUGAAGCCAGUGUCUGAUGUGGUGUACUCCUCAAUCCCGGAACAUAUUCCAGUCUGUGCUAGCAAAACAGCUUAACUCUGCUUCAUCUGACCACUUUUUUAUUGACUGGGUCACUAGUGCUUCCUGCUUUAAUUUUUGCUUGUAAGCAGGAGUCAGGAGGAUAUAAUUAUGGUCAGAUUUGCCAAAUGGAGGUCGAGGGAGAGCUUUGUACGCAUCUCUGUUUGUGGAGUAAAGGUGGUCUAGAGUUUUUUCCCUCUGGUUGCACAUUUAACAUGCUGGUAGAAAUUUGGUCAAACGGAUUUAAGUUUCACUGCAUUAAAAUCCCCGGCCACUAGCAGCGCCGCCUCUGGAUGAGCGUUUUCCUGUUUGCUUAUGGCGGUAUACAGCUCUUUGAGUGUGGUCUUAGUGCCAUCAUUUGUCUGUGGUGGUAUGUAGACAGCUAUGAACAAUUCAGAUGAAAACUCUAGGUAGAUAGUGUUGUCCACAGCUUAUCAUGAGAUACUCUACCUCAGGCGAGCAAAACCUUAAGAUUUUCUUAGAUAUUGUGCACCAGCUGUUGUUUACAAAUAUACAUACAUCGCCACCCCUUGUCUUACCAGAUGCUGCUGUUCUAUCCUGCUGAUACAGUGUAAAAUCCGCCAGCUGUAUGUUAUUUAUGUCGUCGUUCAGCCACGACUCGGUGAAACAUAAGAUAUUACCAUUUUUAAUGUCCCGUUGGUAGUUUAAUCUUGCUCGUAGGUCAUCAAUUUUAUUUUCCAAUGAUUGCAUGUUGGCCAAUAGAAUGGAUGACAGUGACAACUAGUGACAACUCUUUACUCUUCUCCUGAUUGUGGUCAUGAUGGAGUUCUCUAUCCAGAGUCUGUCCCAAAUCCUUAUCAUUGUUUACCUUUUUUUCUCUCAGAUUAAUGCUUUUCUGAUAUCAGCCUUUGUUGGGGACUGAUGGGAAUGCCAUAUUAAACUAUGUGUUGUCAUAAAAAGGUCAAUAAUUUUGAAAGAUUGUGUUGAUAUUGAAGCCUAGUACAUAUAUACUGGUCUUGUCCCUCCUCUCUGUGCGAAAUAUAAGUAAACAUAUUUAAUUUACAUCAGUCAUUGUUUUCUGUUGUCGUGUGUAUUUAUUAGAAUCCCCAAAUAGCUGCUGAGGCAGAGGCUCCUCUUCCUUGCCUCCAAAAAGGAGACAACAUAGAUUUUUUAACACCAUUUCUUAUUCCAGUCUCAAAUUUUUGUCCAAUCAGCUUUUAUUUUUGUAUACUGGUACCUCUUUCUUUUUUAAAGCUUUUCGUACAUAAAAAAAAACCUGUAAGGGAAUAACGAACACAUUAUAGAUGAGUUAAAAAAACACAGAGACACCUCUUUAUUUAUUUUUGUUUUACAUUUUUCUGUAAAUAAUAUGCAGUACAAGAUAUAUAUGGUAUACAUUUUUUUUUAAAUGUAUUUUUCUUUUAGUAUAAAGAAAAUAUCUAUGAAGAUGUAUCAAAAAUGAGAGAUCAAUGUUGUAUAUUUUCUCUGGAUCCAUUUAUAUAUUGUUUAAUUAAUUUAAUUGUCACCCCCCUUUAGCCCAUUUAGACAUAACUUCUCAGCUCCUACUAGCCCCUCAGAUAUGUACUAAUACACUCACUAAUAGCAGUAAAGAUGAAUGCUAGUUUGCAUGGAAAAAGGCUGAAGCCACAAAAGCAGAGCAUACUAUAGCUGCAGUGUGUCAGCAUCGUUCACCGUUUACAUCUGUUUCAAUUAUCUUGUUUCAAAUAUUUGGGAGAAAUAAUGAAUUGCAGUGUGCAUGUUACAUCAGGGGCAAUACUUACCUCAAUAUGACUUGAAAUAGGCUAAAUGAGACUGCACAAGUGAGAUAAGAUUAAAAAGAGAAAUCAUACUAUCACACAUCCUGUACAAUAACAUAGGUUUAAAAAAAAAGCUAUUUAGUAAACUUUCAUUUAGGGACGAAAAAUAUGAAUGACCUUUUGCCUCUUGUCUGUGAAUUGGUUAUUCAGUCCAAGGUCUCACUCCAGGCACGUUUCCAUCUAAAUGAGAGAAUAUUUUACUAAUUGUAUGUGAUCGAAACCACUAUCUCCCUUAAGCCUUUCAUUAUAUUAUACCAAUGGUUGUUUCAAUGGCCUUUACUAGAGAACGGAUGAGUGCGAAACAGUCACACAGGUAGAUCAGUCUUUCAAUCAUCUUCAAUAGAUGAAGAGGUCAAAUUUAUACUUCAUUGAGUCCCACCAAAGUUUUGAUGUGGUACGAUAAUGAUAAUUGUGUAACACUAAUAAUAGAAUAAUACUACUGUAGUAACAAUUACAAUAACAACAGUAUCGGAUCAUCGUGAACUUGAGUACCUUGCAGUUCAGUAUACAUUUUCAACAUUAUUUUCUAUACCACAUGGCUGUGAGUUCUCAGUAGUAUCCAGAGAUCCCCCUCUGUAAACUGUCCUCCUCCUUUCCGAUGCGGUCUUCCUUUCUAUGAAACAAACUGUAAAUACAUUUUAGUUACAGUAUAUAUGUUUAAUGUGUGGAUUGCAUUGUAUUGACUCCAGGCUUGCAAAACAAAAAGGGGAAAAAAAGCUGUAACUUUCGUUAUUACAAAGCAAUACAAUACAAAUAGCAAUUCUGUACUUGAUGAUUAAUAUAUUUAUUAUUUUUAAAGGUUUAGUACCUCAUGUUCAUUUGGAAAGUGUCGGGUCAGUUUGUUCUCACUGCUAUUUCUAGGUAGUAUAGAAUUGAAUUAGUGGAUUUAUUGCGUUUGUGGUGAGAAAUGUUGUAUCAGAGAUGGCACCAAAGUUUUAAAAAAAACAACUACAAACAUUUGACUCAAGUGUACAUUUUGAAAAGUACUAUAAGAGUAUUUUUGAGCUGAUGUUUUUAUUCUUUGCUUAGAAGGCAACCUUGUGUUUCCAAACCGACCAAUAAGGUUUGCGUUGUCAUGAAGGUAUUGUAAUUUUAGAAAAAGACCCAAAGUGUUGCUUGUUUUUGGAAUUUAUUUAAUCGUUUUGUUUGUGUUCUUUUUUUAAAUUAUGCAUCCACCAAACACUGUUCUGGAAAGUACUGUUGACUUGGUUUACAUGUACUUUUACUUUGUUUUUCAAUUGUGAGAAUACAACAACUAUUAUGCAGUAGUUUGUGUAAUAUAACAAAAAGGGAAUAUAGUGUCAAUGUUAAAUUGUGAACAUUACCAAAUCUACUGAACAUGUGGAAUUCAAUGACAAAAAUACAAGUUUGUGCUGUUACAAUA